AUGGCAAAAAAGUACAAGCCGGGCGAUCAAGUCUUACCAACAAUCAAUACUCGCCGCACGGCUGAGGAGCGACGUGCUUAUGCUGAGGAUAGAAGGUUGAUAGACGAGGUAACAGAGCUGAGUCUACAAGAGGCCGGUGUUUCUUCAGCACCGCCAAGGACAAGGCGGAGGCGCGAGAGUCGAUCCGCCGACGACAGAAGAAGAUCAAGCAGAGACAGGGAAAGGGACCGGGAAAGAGAUCGAAGCUUGGAUAGCCGCCACCAGCGGGGAAGCCGCCGUCCGCGAAUGGAAGACGGAGGCCGGCAUAGCUCCGACCAACUGCCAGCGGAAGGGGAGCGGCGCCGUCGACGGAGCGAGUCAAGACAACGUCAGAUCGAACAUCAGUCAUCCAUUCGGUCACUCAUAAGUUCCGGUGAUAUGAGUGAGAGGGAUAUUGAGCGGGAAAUAGAGUCAUUUGCAAGACAGAUUCAGGAAGAAGGGCUUCUCGACGGACUUGAUUUGGAUAACAUCGAUUUGAGUCGCGACGACGAGCUCAGCAGGAGAAUCACCGAGGCAUACCGACGGCGUCAGAGAGAUCGAACACGCCAAGAAGCGCGGAGAAACAACUAUCCUCCACUAACACGACCUGCUGAGAAUUCAACGGCAGACGCUCGUAUGUUGGCACCGGAAGGAGGUCGAACAAGGGAAAGAUCUCGACCACAUUCUAGGUCUGCAAGUGCUGCAAGUGCCACCAGUGCUGCAAGCCAAACCGAGGAACGAAGUCGUCCGCAAACAAAUGCAGCAUCAGCGAGCCUCGAAGUACAGGAACCAGUACGGAGACCAAGACGAAGGACCGCUAGCGGAGGUCGUAGCUCGACAACUCCGGUAUUUCCGACCGCAACUGCAGCUGAGAACAGGCCUGCUACUCGGUCAUCGACAGACCUGGGUUCAAGAUCUCAAAUUACGGAUCCCACCCAGUCCCGACCUAGCCUCAGUGAGGGACGCAGUACCAGUACCCCUAUCCACACCGCGCCGUUUCCAAAUCCCACAGAAGCUGCGUCGAGCACGAACACCGGGAGCCUCUCAUUUGCCAGUCGUCAAGGAAACGUGGCGAGCGCAUCAGUUCUUCCAUUGUUCUCUCAUCAUGAUCCUGCAGCCGGCCGCUCAAAUAGGCCCCGUCCCGUCGACCUUGCAAUUGUUCAUCAGACAGUAACCAGUCCGAUCAGUAGUCCAACAGUUUCAGGGCACCAAAGGACAAGAUCGCACCUAUAUCCAGAGCCUUCCGUCAGCUGCUCUCGAUGUAACAAGCCGCACAUCGAAUACGAGGUGCACUACAACUGUUCAAUUUGUGCUAACGGACAAUGGAACAUGUGUCUCGACUGUUAUCGGGCUGGAAAGGGUUGCCUCUACUGGUUUGGAUUCGGCUACGGUGCUUGGGCAAAAUGGGAGAAGACACGACAGCAGCAAGGGGACCCGUCUCUGGCGAAGCCGCAUAUGCUGACUGCGAGUCGCUAUCGCCCCCCUCGCUCAGCUCCUGGUGGGGCCGAUGGACGAAAAACGCUCACGACGGACGACCCUAGACAUCGACUGGAAAGCGGCACGUUCUUUUCGGAUGCUACCCCCGGCGAUUACGAUAUAUGCUCCUCCUGUUACGGCAACCUAGUUGUACAGCGGCAAAUUAGCCCCGAGAACGGCCACUCUGGAUGGAGGAGGUGUCUGAAUGGCCACCGAAUGGUGGUUGUCGCGUUUACGGAUGGGAAAAUCGGACUAUGGCGAUACAUAGCCCAAGACCUAGUGGGAGGCCGAGGACUCAAGUCAGAUGCGCCAGAAAAGCCGGAACACCGCGAAAAAGGCCUCCUGAAAUGGGUUUGGCAUGAUGAUGAUCAAGAACUUGCCCGGCUCGUCACGAGAGAGGUAUCAGAAACAGCGCCGACGGAGAGCGGGUUUACUCAGACCUUUCCCCCUGAUGGGGGAGUGGGAAUGAAAGCGACAGCAAGAUUUGGAUGGUACCCGAAGGCAGGGGCUGACGACGAGCUUCUCUUUCCACGAGGAGCGGAAAUAAAAGAGAUUGAAGACGUCAACGGAGAAUGGUUCUUUGGAGCAUAUAUGGGUUCUCGAGGCUUGUUCCCAGCACCAUAUUCGGUGCAGGAAUACCGUCCCAUCGCCGACAGCCCGGGAUUGCGCCAUUGCCGAUCGCGGCCCCACCAUCAACUUCAUAUCAAAAACAUGUUCCGUCCCACCGCUAGAAGGCUCGCCGCCUCUGCGGCCAAAGCUGCUGCAGCUCCUACUUCCCAUACUCUAAAUGUCGCUCGAGCUCAAGGUGUCUCCCGAGGUUUGACUGGAGCCAUCGGAAACACACCUCUCAUCCGUCUUAACCGUCUCUCCGACGAAACCGGCUGCGAGGUUUUGGGCAAGGCCGAGUUCAUGAACCCUGGUGGCUCUGUCAAGGACCGUGCAGCUCUCUAUGUGGUCAAGGACGCCGAAGAGCGUGGGCUUCUCAAGCCCGGUGGUACCGUCGUCGAAGGCACCGCAGGAAAUACUGGUAUUGGUCUCGCCCACGUCUGCCGGUCUCGAGGCUACAAGCUUGUCAUCUACAUGCCCAACACCCAGUCUCAAGGCAAGAUCGAUCUCCUGCGACUCCUCGGCGCUGAGGUCUACCCUGUUCCAGCUGUCGCUUUCGACAACCCCGAGAACUACAAUCACCAGGCCCGUAGACACGCCGAGCGAUUAGACAAUGCCGUUUGGACGAACCAGUUCGAUAACACGGCUAACCGCCGUGCGCACAUCGAGACGACAGGUCCUGAGAUCUGGGCGCAAACAGAUGGAAAGGUUGAUGCCUUCACAUGUGCUACUGGCACCGCUGGUACAUUAGCUGGCAUUACAAGGUAUCUGAAGGAUGUCUCCAACGGCCGGGUCAAGAGCUUCCUCGCCGAUCCUCCUGGCAGUGUCCUCCACUCCUACGUAUCCUCCGGUGGCAAGCUUAACGAGCGCACCGGCUCCAGUAUUACUGAGGGAAUCGGACAGGGUCGCAUCACUGACAACCUCCAACCAGAUAUUGGCUUGGUGGAUGGUUCGCUUCACAUUUCGGACGAGAAGAGCAUCAAGAUGGUCUACCGCUGCUUGGAUGAGGAAGGUCUCUACCUUGGAGCCAGCUCUUCCCUUAACGUUGUUGCAGCUAAGGAGGUUGCCGAGAAGCUGGGCAAGGGCCACACCGUUGUUACGGUCCUCUGUGACGGCGCUUACAGAUACGCCGAUAGAUUGUUCUCUCGCAAGUGGUUGACUGACAAGAAACUUCUUGGAGCUAUCCCCAAGCACUUGGAGAAGUACAUCGUUCUACCAUAGAACGUGCUUUUGAAGGAAUCUAGAUGAUACAUAUAUUUUACAUGAAAACCACCAUGAAUCUUUUCAGGACAUGUUUGGAUAAAACCCUCGUUGAUUAGUUGGAGAACAUCCCAGUCGCCCUUUAAUCCAUAGUCAAGUGUUUCUCCCAUUCAGGCUUUCGGCCUGUAAUACUUUC